AUGAAUUUCUCUUUAGCAAUCAUCGGUGCCCUUAUGGCUUGGUUGCUAUUGUCUCGCAUAAGAGCUACGAAACCGAAGUUACCCCCAGGCCCACCUCGUUUACCUCUCAUUGGCAACCUUCACCAAGCACCCAAGGAUUAUCCAUGGCGAACGUAUCAACAAUGGACCAAGCAGUACGGACCAAUUAUCAGUCUGCAAUAUGGUCUAAACACUAUCAUCAUGCUCGGAACCUAUAAAGCAGCUCACGACCUUCUUGAUAAGCGAAGUAACAUCUAUAGCUCCCGUCCUCGUGUUGUGAUGGGGGGCGAAUGUGUUAGUAAAGGCUUCAGAACUCUGCUGAUGCCCUAUGGACAGCGAUGGCGCCUUCACCAGCGCCUUCAAGCCUCUUAUCUCAACAUUCGAGUUUCCCAGAAUUAUCGUCCGCUACAGGAUCUUGAGAGCAAGCAGCUUCUUCACGAGCUGCUUGAACCCAACCAGGAAUUUUCAGAGCGCUAUCACCGCUAUUCGUCGAGUUUGAUUUUUGCAUUGGCAUACGGCCGUCGCUUAACCUGGGGUGAUGAGCCUGAAGUCCAAGCUAUCGACAAGGUUAUGGAGAAUUUUCUCUAUGCUGCACGAGUUGGAACUUGGCUGGUCGAUGCCCUUCCCGUGCUCAACUACUUGCCGAAUGUUUUAGCGCCAUGGAAGCGCUCAGGAGACCGGCUUCACAAAUUCGAGGCUAGCUUAUACGUCGAAAACCUGCUCAAAGCUCAAAAGAAUCGCACAUGGAACUGGUCAAAGCAAGCCGAAAAAAUGAAGGAGAGCCAGGAGAUGUCACAGAAGGAGCUCGCCUAUGACGUCGGGAUUGUAUACGAAGCCGGCAGUGAUACAACGACAAUGGCGCUUGAGGUCUUUACGCUCGCAAUGGUUCUGUACCCGGCAGUCAUGACGAAGGCACAAAGGGAGCUGGACCUCGUUCUGGGUGCGGACCGCUUGCCAACAUUCGAUGACAAGGAAAGCCUUCCAUAUAUUGACGCAAUCAUUAAGGAAACACUUCGAUGGCGUCCAGUGUCCGCCGGCGGAAUUCCUCAUGCCGUUAUUCAAGACGACGAAUACAUGGGCUUCCACAUACCCAAGGGCGCCACUGUGAUAGGCAAUCAUUGGUCUAUUCACCUUGAUGAGGACGUGUACAGGAAUCCGCUCGAGUUUUAUCCAGAAAGAUGGCUCGAAAAUCCAGAACUACCCCUGGCAGCGUUUGGUUUUGGCCGCAGAGUGUGCACUGGACAGCACAUAGCCAAGAACAGCCUCUUCAUCAACAUUGCGAGGAUAUUAUGGACGUUCAACAUUGGUUACAAGUACGAAAUGAGAGACGGAAAGAAGGUGAGAUGCGAAGUUGAUGAGUUUGCGUUCACGCAGGGGUUCAACUCCCGGCCAUCAAAGUUCAAGGCUCACUUCGAAGUGAGGGAUGGCAGGCAAAGUGUCGUCACAGAAGAAUGGCAACGAGCAGACAAGGAUUUGGAAAAGGUGAUGGAACAGGCUAAGGCACAGAAUUGA